AUGAUUUUUCAGUCAUUAGAGAUAUAUAACAAUAUUUAUCGAAAUUUAAAACCAUGCGUUGUUGAACUUUUCGAAAAAAAACAAAUCAAAUUUGAACAUGGAUUCCAAAUACAGCUGAAUAUCAACACGAAAUGUGGUUGCAGUAUUAGCAUAUUUCUUCGUGACAUUAUUGAAGUAUGUCUUAUGUCAGUGAUAGAAAGCAUAUCAGGAGAUAUAACGGCAUCUUUGACCAACAAAAAACUAUUUGGAAACUAUGUACCGAAAUAUAUUUUCGUGUUUGGUGAUCCGUUCAAUCUGGCGCAGGGUUCAAUGAUCCACAUAGCAUACACCAUUAUUAUGAAAAAAGCGAUUGAUGACGGCGUAUAUAUUAAAGAAAAAGAUACAAAGACAUUUGUACUAAGAAAAUCUAUUUUCCAAUUACUGGAGAAGUUUUUAUCUGGAAAAAAGACUUACAUGUUUGAUAGGUUUGUUACUGGGACUUUGUGCCAAGUAUCAAGCAAAACAUAUGGCAUGCGAAUUUCAACAUAUUUUUUAGGCAAGUUGAUCCCUUUCACACGACUAAACAGUGAUGGUGAUAUCAAAAAUACUAUUGCAGAUGAUGGUAGUUAUUUGGUAUUUAUUCAGAAAGGGAAGCCAGUUCCAACAAAAGGGUUUAAAAUUCAGAUCAAUGAACCUAAAAAUAUCGAAUUAGAAAUUAUUCAAUUAGAAAGUUCAACCAGUACUGUUCCGGACAAGUAUACUCUAUUACACGGCAACACUCCUGGAGCUCAUUGUAGCAUAAGCUCCUCUAAAUUGUCGUAUGCUAAUAUGAAUAAAUGGGUGGUAGAAUAUGAGCAGAUUAGCAAUAAUUUAUCUAUAAAAUUAUCAAAAGGAUGUAUGGGCGAUACUAAUUACUUUAUUUAUUACCCUUAUUACUCUACCGAAAAUAUCCUGGAGCCAUUGACACUCGCUUAUAUUUAACAUAUCACUGCUAACCUAUUUUUAAACCACCGUUUUA